AUGAAACCGCACCUGAAGCAAUGGAGACAAGGAAUGCUCUGCGGGGUGUUUGCGUGGGGGCUCCUCUUUGUGGUGAUCUUCCUCUACUUCACCGACAGCAGCCCGGCCAAGCCCGCGCCCAGCUCCUUCUCCUUCCUGGAGACCCGGAGGCUGCUGCCCGCGCAAGGAAGGCAGCGGGCCAUCAUGGGGGCUUCAGAGGGCCUGCCCGAGGGCGCAGACUCGCGGCGGGGGUCUCCCCGGGGACUCCCAUCCGGCCCCCUGCGGACAUGGGCCGGAGAUGGCUUUGAACAUGAACAAGAGUUUCUUUUGGCCCAGACAGGGAGAACGUCCCUAAGCGCUUUUCUUCCGGAGGACCCCGCUCCGGGCACGUCGGGGCGCCUCUCCCCUGGGGACCCAGGCCCGGAGGGGGCUCAGCCGCCACGCACAGCCCUGGGACGGCGGGCGAAGCGAGGGCCCCGGAGGCAGGGCCGGAGCGCGGGGGUCGAGGAUGGGGAGCGGCUGUACUCGUCCAUGUCCCGGGCCCUGCUGCGACGGCUCUGGAAGGGCGAUGCGUCGGCGCGCAUGCUGCACCCGCGCCUGCAGAAGGCCAUGGGAGCCUACCUGCGCGCCAACAAGCACGGCGUGCGCUUCCGGGGGCGCCGCGCGGCCGGGCGGAGCCGCACUGAGCUGCUGUGCGCCUUGCAGGGCCGCGUGCAGGUGCGCACCCUGGACGGCACUGAGCCGCCCUUCUCGGCGCUCGGCUGGCGCGCGCUGGUCCCUCCAGUGCCACUCAGCCGGCUUUUCCCGCGCGGGCUCCGGACCUGCGCCGUGGUCACAUCGGCAGGCGCCAUCCUCAACUCGUCACUGGGCGAGGAGAUAGAUUCCCACGAUGCGGUUUUGAGGUUUAACUCUGCUCCUACACGUGGCUAUGAGAAGGAUGUCGGAAAUAAAACCACUCUCCGCAUCAUUAAUUCCCAGAUUCUAACCAACCCCAGCUAUCACUUCAUGGAUAGUGCAUUGUAUAAAGACGUCAUCUUGGUGGCCUGGGACCCAGCUCCUUAUUCUGCAAAUCUUAACCUGUGGUACAAGAAGCCAGAUUACAACCUGUUCACACCAUAUGUUCAGCGUCGUCAGAGAAACCCGAACCAGCCAUUCUACAUUCUUCACCCCAAGUUUAUCUGGCAGCUUUGGGACAUCAUCCAGGAGAACACGAAGGAGAAGAUCCAGCCCAACCCGCCAUCCUCUGGCUUUAUCGGUAUCCUGCUGAUGAUGAACCUGUGUGGCGAGGUGCACGUGUAUGAAUACGUCCCGUCAGUGCGGCAGACAGACCUGUGUCACUACCAUGAGCCCUACCAUGACGCCGCCUGCACACUGGGCGCCUACCACCCGCUGCUCUACGAGAAGCUGCUGGUACAGCGGCUCAACGUGGGCGCCCAGGGCGACCUGCAUCGAAAAGGCAAGGUCGUGCUGCCCGGGUUGCAGGCUGUGCGCUGCCCACCAGGUGCUUGA